CAGCUCUCUGGUAUUUUCCUCGCUUUUCCCCUCUGCCCUUUGAUAACCUCUGAAGAUUCUCUGUUUUUUCUUUUGUUUGCUCUGUUUUUUCUCUCUCAAAAGUAUCGUCGUUUGGCUGAUAUUUUCUCUAAGUAGAAAAUAGAAAUGAAGGGAGCUAGAGGCAAGGGUGCAGCGAGGAACACGGCCGAAGCCUUGAGGCCUGCUGACGACAGAAAGGUUGGGAAGCGGAAGGCGCUCGUUGACCAAAGCAGCAUACGGAAAGCCAAGAAGGAGAGAAGGGCUAUGAAAGACCCCAACAAACCAAAGAGGCCUCCUAGUGCUUUCUUUGUGUUUCUCGAGGAGUUUAGAGCUACUUUCAAGAAGGAAAAUCCUAACGUGAAGGCUGUAUCAGCUGUUGGGAAAGCUGCGGGUGAGAAGUGGAAAUCCUUGUCUGAGGAUGAAAAAGCUCCUUAUGAGGCCAAAGCUGCAAAACGGAAGGCUGACUACGAAAAGCAAAUGAAUGCCUACAACAGGAAGCAGGAAACUGCUGCUAAUGGUGAGGAGUCGGAGAAGUCAAAAUCGGAGGUGAAUGAUGAAGACGAUGAGGCUAGUGGAGAGGAAGGACAACAACAGCCGGACGAUGAGGAGGAGGAAGAAGAGGAAGAGGACGAAGAUGAUGAUUGAAAAGGUGGAUGGUUGACUUUGGACAUAAGAUGGUUUUAACAUUGGAGAAAAGAUUCUAGAUUUUGUAUGUUUAUAAUUAGACUUGUAGGUCAAAUGUGGUAAAAACUCUUUGGAAUACCGUAACAUCCUGAUGCUAUAGGCAUCUGUCUUGCUUUAUAUAACUACUAUUCACCCACAAAGAGCCAUAUAUUCUCGUUAAAUGUUUCUUCCUUGGUUUCUUUUUUUCCAUCUUUCCCCAAAAUGAAGUCUUUUGAGAUAUUUAAUGUA